AGAUAAGGUUGCUGUGGUAUUCAAACUCAAUGUUGUUUUGAUACUUGUUUGUUUAUGAUUGUUUGUUGUGGUGAUAGUGCAUUUAAAUUGUUUCAACUCAAGGUUGUUUUGAUGCAUUCUGUUUACUGAAACAAAAGGUGGUUUUGAUGUUUGUUACUACUAUAAAGAAUACAUUCCUUAACUCGCGUGUGGGUGGUGUUGAUGUGUGGGUCCUGUGGUAUGUGGUGUAAGUUCGGAUGCUACCGAACAUUUUAUACUAUUGCAACUUGCACGAAUCAAAGCCAGCGGAUACCUCAAGACCAACGUCAAUCAGAUGAUCUGAAUCCGAGCAAGUUUAUAUAUGCAUAUACUACAUAAUUUAGACCGAUUCUUGAUAUCAGGUUUCUGAGAAAAACGAAAAUCAAUAUAUCUAGUAUAUGGGAGUUGGAAUAAAUCGACUCGAUUUUAUCUAUUUUUACCAAUACUACAGUUAACAUGCCACUUACUAAAAAAAUGUUCCCUGAUAUUAGUUAUAUGGAGACAUAGAUACACUGUUAGAAUCAAAAGAUGCUCUCUCAAUUUUGUUAAAAUAGCUAACAUAUUGGCCGAUAUAUGCGGUAUAAAAUCACCGGAAUUUCGAAAAUUUUUAUAGUUAUUAGGUAGAAAAAUUUACCCGAUUCAACCCAAUUUUGAUACACAGAGAUAAUUUUAUCAACAAUAGAUUUUCUCUGAAGUUUAAUUGUGUAUCCCAUACAUUGAUCGAUAUUUCCAAUCAAAAGUCAACUAUAAAUACAGGGGUCAACACAUUCGCUACCUAGGGGCUUGAACAUUUUUGGCAGGCUGUUUACAAUUGAUGGUUAUAAGGUGCCAUAAUCUAAAGACAUUAUUCGUGCAAAGUUGCAGCCCUUUGCAAUAAUUGCUUCUUGAUUUGUGUACUGGAUAGUGAAACAAUAAAAUGGAUUUCAAAAUACUAUACCAUACUUGAAUAUAGUACAAUGGUAUUCGCUAUACUUCUAUCUUAGCGCCCAUUUUCGCACUGUCAUAUAAGAAUUUGAUAAUAAUGACACGUACUAAAGUUAGUCAAAAUCGGUUCGUAAGUUCCCGAAAUAUGUGAUUUUACGCCCAUUGUCCAAUCUUUCCACCGGUUCCCAUAAAGCCCUUUCAUACCAUCUCAUUUUCUUGGGCGUAAUCAGUUAUUAAAUUUAUCUCGCUUUUAGUAGUUUUUAACAGUACCGUUAUAUGGAGAAUGAGCAGGGUUAUCUUCCGUUUUCAUCAAUUUUCACACUGUCGGCAGUAAUUCUUAUAAGAUUUGUACUCAGCAAAUUUGGUUGUUGUAGCUUUAGUGGAUUAGAAGAUAUGCAUACUAAACCUGUUAGAGGCCGAGCCAUGCCCACUUUUUAAACUUUUUUUUCACAAGAGUCAUUUCUUACUCGCCCGGGACCAAUAUGGUUAUCUGUAGUACUAGAUUCCAACACAAGAAAAUUCAUCAAGCCACCUGGCCGUCUCCGGAUCGCAAAACCACCAACCAGAUCGAUCAUGUUGUGAUAAACGGAAGACACGUCUCCAGUGUUUUAGACGUGCGUGGGCUCCGAGGUCCUAACAUCGACUCAGAUCACUACCUUGUUGCAGCCAAGACUCGCACCCGCCUCUGUGCAGAAAACGCACAUCAACAAACACAAGUACGGUUCGACGUCGAGAAACUCCAAUCACAAGAGACAGCAAGCCUGCUCUCUGAGAGCAUUCGUCAACAACUCGGUAUAAGGGAACUGUGGGACGGCAUUUCAAACUCCUUACGUACAGCUGCUACUGAAAAUAUUUUUUCGGAAAAUGCAAAGAACAGCUGGUACGACGAGGAGUGCCGUGUCACAGCGGAGAGAAAACAGACUGCCUACCUCGCAACGUUACGAUCGACCACUACGUGGGAUGCGAUAAAUACCGAGGCUUGAAAAGGGAAGCGAGACCCUUUUGCUGGCAGAAAAAGAAAAAGGCCGAAAUGCGUGAGUAUAAAGAGCUUGACAGCUGGCCGACAGGGGUAACGCUCGAAAAUUCUACGAAAAGAUGCGGAGGCUAACAGAAGGUUUCAAGACCGGGACAUACUCUUGUAGAACCUCCAAAGGUGAUUUAGUGACCGAUGCCUAGAGCAUACUAAAAUUAUGAAGGGAGCACUUCUCCAGCCUGCUGAGUGGAAGUAAAUGUAUAACACCAGGAGAAGGCGAAUCCGAUUCCCCAACCGAUGACGAUGAAGCAGACGUUCCAUUGCCCGAUCAUGAAGUAGUUCGAAUAGCAAUUACCCGCCUGAAGAACAACAAAGCGGCGGGGGCCGAUGGAUUGCCGGCCAGACGUUCCAUUACCCGACCAUGAAGAAGUUUGAAUAGCAAUUACCCGCCUGAAGAACAACAAAGCGGCGGGGGCCAAUGGAUAUGCCGGUCGAGCUAUUCAAACACGGCGGCGAAGAACUGAUAAGGAGCAUGCAUCAACUUCUUUGUAAAAUAUGGUCUUACAAAAGCAUGCCCAACGAUUGAAAUUUAAGUGUGCUCUGCCCAACUUUGAAUCUGCUCUAACUACCGUGGGAUAAGCCUCCUCAACAUCGUGUAUAAGGUUCUAUCGAGCGUAUUGCGUGAAAGAUUAAAGCCCACCGUCAACAAACUGAUUGGACCUUAUCAGUGUGGCUUCAGACCUGGCAAAUCAACAACUGACCACAUAUCCACCAUGCGCCAAAUUUUGGAACAGACCCGUGAAAGGAGAAUCGGCACACACCGCCUCUUCGUCGAUUUCAAAGCUGCUUUCGACAGCACAGAAAGGAGUUGCCUUUAUGCCGCGAUGUCUGAAUUUGGUAUCCCCGCAAAACUAACACGGCUGUGUAAACUGACAUUGAGCAACACGAAAAGUUCCGUCAGGAUCGGGAAGGAGCUCUCCGAGCCGUUCGAUACCAAAACGAGGUUUCAGAGAAGGUGACUCCCUAUCGUGCGACUUCUUCAAUCUGCUUCUGGAUUGUGGAUAAUUUCGCCUAUAUUGGAACCAGUAAAAACACUACCAAAAAUAUCAGCCUGGAAAUCCAAAGCAGGAUAUCUCUUGCCAUUAGAUGCUACUUCGGACUGAGUAGGCAAUUGAGAAGCAAAGUCCUAUCUCGACGAACAAAAACCAAACUCUAUAAGUCACUCAUAAUUCCCGUCCUGCUAUAUGGUGCAGAGGCCUGGACGAUGACAAAAACUGAUGAGUCGGCGUUGCGAGUUUUCGAGAGAAAAGUUUUGCCAAAGAUUUAUGGUCCUUUGCGCGUUGGCCACGGCAAAUACCACAUUCGAUGGAACGAUGAGCUGUAUGAGAUAUACAUAUGAUGACAUUUACAUCGUCCAGCGAUUUAAAAGACGCUGGCUAAGUCAUGCUGGUCGAAUGGACGAAAGCACUCCAGCUCUGAAAGUAUUCAACGCAGUACCCGCCGGGGGAAGCAGAGGAAGAGGAAGACCUCCGCGACUGGCACACUGUUGUUAACUUGGCUAUAAUCGCGUAAGCGGUGUCUACUGCAGUAAAGAAGAAGAAGGAACUCAUAUACCAAGUUUCAUUGAGAUAUCUCAAUUUUACUCAAAUUACAGCUUGCAUGGACGGACGGACGGACAGUUAGACAAUCAACUGACAUUUCAAUUUUUCUCGUCGCCCUGAUCAUUUAUAUAAAUUAUUUUUAGGCACUAGUGCGCUUUAUUCAGGCUCGAUCAGAACUGAACUCUAAAACAUUCUUACUCUUAAGUCUAAAGGCCUAACUAUAAUGUGCAUAAGCUGCCGAUGUUACUGUCAAAAAAUUAACGAAAAGCCUGUCAAAUGCAUAACGAACGCAGAGUAGACAUUUGAAUGACUAUAAUGUGCUUACAUGCAUAAGAAGAAAGUGUCAAUAAGCAAUUUGUGUUUUGGUUUUCUUUCGUUUGAAUUUUGCAAAAAUGAACAGAAAGUUAAAAUAUUUAAAAACAAUAAAAAUCCUUACGUCUGUUUUAGACGGAAUACGCAUAUUGACAGAAAUUAGUGAAAUUACAAAAAAAAAGAGUUCGGUCGUGUUCAGUGAGGGAAAUAAACAGAAAGGGGAAGAAGGAUGGUUACUUUGUACGAUUCCUGGAAAUGAAGAGGAUUGACCACGCUGAUUUUUUUAUAUACACGCGAAUGACGCCACAAGUAUAUGGGCUUUUGCUUACUCUUGUUGAGCCCUUUUUAAAAAAGAAUUCGUUGAGGGAGCCUGUGCAACCGGAAUGUCGAUUAGCUUUGACAUUACAAUAUUUGUCACAAGGAACUUCGUUUCAAUCGUUGGCAUGGUCAUUUCAACUGGGGAAGGAAACGGUUAGGCGCAUUGUUCUGGAGACAGCUGAAGUCCUUUGGACAAAGUUAGGCGCUGUUUACGUAUCUGAGCCUAAUGAAGAAGAUUUCAAGCAAAUUUCUCAAGACUUCUGGGAACUGUGGAAUAUGCCCAACUGUGUUGGAUCUAUUAAUGGGAAGCAUAUCGCUAUUCGAUGCCCACCUAAAAGCGGUAGUCAAUUUUUCUGCUACAAAAAUUUUUUUUCUAUUGUAUCGUUAGCAGUGUGUGAUGCCCGAUAUCGGUUUACCUAUAUAGAUAUUGGUGCAUAUGGAAGUCAGAGUGAUGGUGGUAUUUUUCAAGUGAGUCGAUUGGGAAAGAGGUUAUUAGAUCAUAAACUUCCCAUCCCUCCAGCGAAAAACUUACCAAAUACGCAACUGAAAACUCCACACUUCUUCGUUGGUGAUGCUGCCUUUCCUUUAGGGACAAAUUUAAUGCGCCCAUACCCUGGGGGAAUGCUACCAAAUGAAAAAGAGGUGUUUAAUAAAAGGUUAUCAAGAGCUCGUCGUACAAUUGAAAACUCUUUUGGAAUACUAGUAGCGCGUUGGCGAGUUUUACUAACAACAUUACAUGUAUUUCCUGAAAAUGCAGAAAAAAUUGUUUUAGCGUGCGUUGCCUUACAUAAUUUUGUUAUGUUUAACAACGUUAAUGCAUCUUCGUAUAUUGCAAGCAACUAUGCUGAUUGGGAGGACUCUAAUGGUGAUUUUCAUGACGGUUUAUGGCGUAGAGAAGUUGAAAGUAAUAUCCCAUCGAUUAUGCAAUCUUCCAAUUUGCAUCAUUACGGUGGAAGAAGUUCUUUGGAAAUUAGAAAUAACUUAUGCAGUUUUUUUAACACUUUUUAAAACAUAUUCUAAAAUCACAUAUCUAACAUCAUUUCGAACUUGUUUAUUUCUUUUUUAAUAAAACUAAAUGGAGUUUAAUUAAAUUCA